CGUGCUGGCCAAACCAGUCUCUGGGUUCCGUUUGGUAGCUCAUAGAGAGAGUGAACGGGAGAAAAAAUUUCGGACGGAGAUUCGAACUCUUUGAAUGGACAACUGGGUAAUGGACGGCACGGGAGUUUGUUGAAGCAAUAUGAGCUUGAAAUUGCUGAGUGCCCAUUUUGCCUGAAUUCAACGUGACCCGGCAUUUGAUCUGAUGGAAAUGUAUUGUGUUGUGGCUAAAGCUUCCAGCGUUGAGCUUGGGUCGCCCCGAUUAAAGUUGGUCUCCUUUGUUUUGCAUGUUAGCUGACGAAAUCUAGGUAAUAGCUGGAGCAAUGGAGUGACAUCAAAUUCUCCUCCUGUUUGGUUCCAAUCAUUUGUCGUUCAAUCUCAGAUGCGAACUCUCACCAUGUGCUUCUCAAUUUUACAAUUUUCAAGAGCUGGGAUACCAAGAUUGGCUGGUUUCUGGCGUCAAAGCUUCCACACUCGUAGUAGACCCGACAAGAAUGAUUCUCACUUUGCAUUGUUCAGUUCAAAGACUUCUGGACUUGAAGGAGGAUACAGUAGGAAAUGGAUGAGAAGACCAGUUUCUACAAAAACAGGGGAAAGGAACAAGACCCAAGGCAAUAAACGCAGCGAUGUUAGGGAUGGAGUUUCGGAUGCUAUAGUCUCUGCAAGCACAACGUUAAACAUAGAAAAAGCCGAAAUAACUGAGUUCCGCAAAAUUGAGUAUUCUGAUGUUCAACAAAAAAUUGCCGAGAACAAAGAAUUAGCCAGCCUCGUGACCCUAAUCGUCUUUGAUCUGGAGACUACAGGAUUUAGUAGAGAGAGUGAAAGAAUCAUUGAGAUUGCAUUGCAAGAUCUUUCAGGAGGCAAGAAUAGCACUUUCCAGACGCUUGUAAAUCCAGAACGUUAUGUUCCGAAUGCCCAUAUUCAUGGCAUUACAACCCAUAUGGUGAACAGGCCUGAUGUUCCCAGGAUGGCGGACUUGAUACCGAUAUUAUUCCAAUUUGUGGGGAGCCGCCAAAAAUCUGGGGGAGUGGUCGUGUUUAUCGCUCAUAAUGCUCGACGUUUUGACGUGCCUUUUUUGUUGGAGGAAUUUAAUCGCUGCUCCUUUGAGGUUCCUGAAAACUGGCUAUUUGCCGACACACUUCCUCUGGGACGUGAGAUGAUGAAAUCUAAAGGAUUGAAACCUUCUUCAAGCAUAUCGUUGCAAUCCCUUCGCGAGUAUUACGGAAUUCCAUUGACCGGUUCAGCUCAUAGGGCCAUGUCGGACGUGAACUCGUUGUCAGCGAUUCUUCAGAGGUUGACACACGACCUCAAAAUUCUCCCCUCUGACCUCGUACAGAGAUCUUUCAAAGCCACAGAUCUCAACAGUGUCAAGAAGAAGAGAAGUUCUAGCUGAUUCUUAUCCAUGCUUCAUCCCCUGUUCAAGCAGAUGUUCAGGAAUGAUGCCAGAGCAACAAGGAGGGCUGCUGCCCAUGACAAAUGCUGGGGCAUGGAAAUUUAGUCAGAUUAGCAAUCUGGAAGCAACCAUUGUUGUAAGUUAUGACCUAUCGUUAUUUAAAGAAAUGAAAUUUCAAGUGCCUUUGGGGCUAUAAUUGCUGUAAUUUAUGACCUAUGAUUAUUUAAAGAAAUGAAAUUUCAAGUGCCUUUGGGGCUAUAA